AUGGCAAAAGAGCGAUUUAUUAAAGUUUUUCCAGAGAUUGUAAAGGAUCUUGAAGAUUAUUUUCAAAGUAUCGGAAUUCCAACUAUCGGAAUUGAUUGGUUUAAAAAGAAUAUCCAUUACAAUUGUCUUGGAGGGAAGCUAAGUCGAGGGCUAUCAGUUGUAGAUUCGUAUGAGAUCUUUCUUGAACGGCCCCUGACAGAAUAUGAAUAUAAAAGAGCAGCAGUACUCGGAUGGUCAGUUGAGUUGCUUCAGGCAUUUUUUUUGGUGGUAGAUGACAUGAUGGAUCAAUCAAAAACACGACGUGGACAACCAUGUUGGUAUUUAAUGCCAAACGUUGGGAUGGUUGCAAUUAAUGACUCAUUUAUGUUAAAAUCAUCUAUUUUCUUCCUACUUAAAAAAUAUUUUCAAAAUGAAUCGUAUUAUAUUUUACUAAUUGAAAAUUUUCAUGAAGCAACAUUUAAAACCGAAUUUGGCCAACUUUUGGAUCUUUUAAUAGCUCCGGAAAACGAUAUAGAUCUAUCAAGAUUUUCGUUAGAAAAACACUCGUUUAUUAUAGAGUAUAAAACAACUUUUUAUUCUUUCUACUUGCCUGUUGUUCUAGCUAUGAAUAUGGCAGGAAUAACAGAUGAAAAAGAUUUCAACCAAGCGAGGGAUAUUUUGGUUCCUUUAGGGAAGUAUUUCCAAAUUCAAGACGAUUUCCUUGAUUGCUUUGGUGAUCCCAAUAUUACAGGUAAAAUUGGAACUGAUAUAGUUGAAAAUAAAUGUACCUGGUUAAUUAACAAAGCAUUGGAAAAAGCAACUCCUAAGCAACGCAAAAUUUUAGAAGAAAAUUAUGGGAAAAAAAACAUGGAUUCUGAAAUAAUUGUUAAAAAAUUGUACGAAGAAAUGGGUCUUCGUGAAGAAUUCGAAUUAUAUGAAAAGGAAUCUGUUUCAUAUAUUAAGGAAUUAAUUUCCAAGGUUGAUGAAUCUCGUGGGCUAAAAAAAGAUAUCUUUAUAACAUUUCUUAAUAAAAUAUACAAGAGAUAUAAAUAG